GGCCAACACUCAAAUUGGCAUGUUGCUUCUUCGACGCGCUUCGUUGCAGACGGCGACGGUGGCUGUCCGUGGACCUCGACGAUGGUGCCACGCUAACUCGAGCAAACUCCCUGAUCAUAUCAAGAUCCGCAUGUUGGACAUGGAUAUCACGCAAACAAUUGAGGGAUCCAAGUUGCUCCGAUGGUUUGCCAACGAAGGCGACAAGAUCGGCCCCGGCAAGCCGAUCUGCGAAGUUGAGACGCCUGACCUCCUCUUUAGUCUCGAGAGCGAAGACGAGGGGUACCUCGCCAAGAUCUUUGUUCCUGCCAAGUCUGACCACGUGCGUCCGAACGAAGUGUUGGCCGUGAUCGUGCCCACAGAAGACGACAUCGCUCCUUUCCUCACGGCCCUCACCGAACAUCCUGACGAAAUCGAAGUGCACAAGAAGUCAUCGACCGCGAUCACGGCGUCCGAUUCGACCCCCACGGACGGCGCGGACCUACUUCGCGUGCUCAGCCACUUGCACAAGGAAGGCGCGUUCCCCUCCGAAGACGUGUACAAGACGCUCAAGUCCCUCGCGCGCAAGAACGACGAGCAGCUGCUGCUCGUGUACAAGGGCAGCUUCGAAGAAGACAACACCACGUCCGGGUUCGACAAGGACUUUUUCGUCGAAAACUGUGUCGACCUGGUCGACGAAAAGACCCACGAAGGCACUCCGUCGUCGUAAUACUAUAGUCGGUCGUGUAACUAACUACAGUACUACUAGUACUC